ACUGCACUAGAAGAUCAUAGAAGAAGCUAGAAGCAGUUAGAGACGAAAGAACGUGAAAUUCUACAAAAAGCAAAAACGUGUUUAUAUAAUCAAAUUUGUCGCAGAAGUGAGCUAAACUGAAUAAUUACAGAUAUUUCUUGUUGUACAUGAGAGAAUAGACAUAGCAUAAAGUCAAAAUGAUAUACAGACAUUUUCUUGAGCAACAUAUAACGCUUUAUAAUGGACAAAUUUAUUGUGAUCGAUGCAAGAUCACAUUUCAAAACUUCAAGGAAGGAACGCGUCAUUAUGAAGAGGAUCACUCGUCUGUCAGCAGUAAAAUAUCUGAUUUCCUAAAUAAAAUGAAAUUGUCAAAAAAAAAUUGUACGAAGUUAGUACAACAGGGUAUUAUAAUAAGAGGAAUACAGCAAGAUUACUUCUGUAUAUAUUGCCAAACUUCAAUAUCAUCUUUACAUAAUUUUUCUCAACAUUUAAAAGAAGAAAAUCACUGCAAAUAUAUAGGUUCUAAAUCUAAUGCUAAAAAACCUUUACUGGAAAACCCAGCAGAUAAACUAAAUAAUAAUACAAUUAACGAUCAAACUAUAUCUGUUGAUGUACAAAAUGAAAGUGAUUUAAUUAAAAAUCUUCCAAGUAGCUUCAAAGCAGAAGAGAAAAGUACAAUUUUAUUAAAGUCUUAUAACGAAGAUAGUAUUAGUGAGGGUCUGCAAAGUGAAAAUUAUAUUGAUAUGGCUUUUUGUUGUUUGUGUAGUAUGUUUAUUUAUAAAACUACUAUAAAAAAUCAUAUGAUAAGCAAGAACCAUAAGUCUGCCGUAUCUAUAUUUAGAGAAAUCCGAAUCUCUAAUCAGCAAAUGUUGUGCAUUAUAAAGUUAGAAAAGGAAAGAAAAACUCUUAGGUCACUACAGUUAAAUAAUAAAAAAUUCAAUGGAACUAUAUGGCCAGAACAUGCAGAAACUCUAGCAAAGUAUACUUGCGAUCAAUGUAACAAAAUGGUCGAGCAGGAUGAUAUAAUAAAUCACGAAAUAACAAUACACAAAAGUAGCAUGAUGUUUUCUAUGAAGUUUAUCUAUAAUUGGUCAUCUGAGAGAAGAGAUCUUAACGUCACUAUUUGUUAUCCACUGUUUAAAUGCUCGUUCUGUAAUGAGAUAAUACAUGGCAUAGUGUCAUUACAAGCUCAUUUUUCGAAAUGCGAGCACAAAGAAAAUAUUAAAUCAUUAAUCGACAUUAAGAGACAGGAGUUUGAUAAUUGUAAAAAUAUAGAAAUUUAUUUGGAGCCAAUUGAAUUUCUAAGUCUAAUCUCUUUUAAGAAUAAUGGCGGAACUAUUCAAAUUCUGGAACAGCCUGUGAUGUAUAUUAAAAACAAUUAUCAAACUCUUCAUAAAUAUCCAAGAAAAAUUCAGAAUACAUUUACGUACAUUUGCUUUGACUGUAAUUAUACAGCUUAUAAAAUCAACGAUGUAAUUAACCAUUUAUGUGAAAUGUUAAGACAUUUGAAGCAUUUUGAAAAUAUUCUUCUCACAUAUAUGUCUAUAUAUAGUGUGUCUACAUCAAGAGAACUUAUCGUAAAUAAAAAUGAACGUGAAGUAAAAUCUCCAGUUUCUAAAGAAGAUGUAUCAAUUGAUAAUGAAUCAUUGACGGAAUGCAGCAUUGAUAAAAUACAAGUAAAUACAGGACAAUACAGCAAUCAUAACUUAAUAGUUGAAAAGAAUUCCAGCAACACAAAUAGUAGAAUGAGUCAAAAUGAAGAAAAUAAUUCUGGCUUUUUUAUAUCUCUCGAUAUAUUUUCGGAAAUGAAUACAUUAAUAAAAAUAGAUUAUGAAUUAAAUUGGUUGUCUACAAACCAGUUAAAUAAGAGCGCUCUAAAUCGUUAUAAUAAAAUAUAUUUGAAAGAUUACCUCGACAUGGAGGAAAUCAUGUUUGCCUGCAACGAAAGAAAACUGAUGAAAAUUAAAUCGAAUUUGCAGUUUUUCAUUCCAAGUCCUGAUACAGAAGACAAAAUACUUUGCCUUAUAUGUGAAAGUCUGCAAUUAUUCAAUAUACAGGCAAUAUACGAACAUAUAAAUUCUGAAGGACACAUUAUAAAAUUUAACAUGCUACAUGAGAAUGAAGAACAUUUGGAACUGUUAAAGGAGCUAGUGAAGAUACAACCUGCAUAUACUAAAUGUUUUGCUUGUAAAAUACAUACAUUUGAGAAUAGAAAAAUUAACAUAGAUUUUAAGAGUCAUAUAUGUACAUCUUUGCACAAGAACAAUUGUAACCAAUUACGUGAUCAAGUUGAGAUCAUAUUGAAAGAAUUCCAAAAUUUAUGGUAUAAUAUCCAAUACUUUGCUUGUAUCGAUUGCAACGAAAAAUUCAGAAUGAAGAUAAGAUUUAUGGAUCAUCUUAAUCACAAGCAUAGAGAAAUCAUGAGAAAAAUGACUAAUUCGAGGUUUGAGUUUUGUUUAACGUGUGCGACUUUAUGGUACGAAACAAAUGAUACCGAAGACAUCCAUAUAAAUUAUAGAAAACACUGUCAAUUACAAAUGCAUCAGUAUCUAAAGAAAAGUAAUGACUUCGCACUUACGCCGUUGCCGCAGCCUCUACAAGAAUUGUUGAGAGAUGUUAACGAAAUUUCUGCUAAUCUGUUCAAAUCGUCGAAAAAAGUAUUAAAUGAUCCAAAAGUGACUCAACUUAUGGAUGCUUUAAAGCACAUCUUUGGAACAAGUCAACUCCCUGUAGAAGUGCUCAUGUUUGGUUCAAGAGUCACUGGUUUAGCAUCAACAAACAGUGACAUCGACAUAUAUCUUGACUUCGAUGACGAAUGUACCGAGCCUCAAUCGAUUAAAAGGAGUAAGCAGAUUCAAGAUUGUUUACGUACCGACCAUGAAAAUUGGGAUAUAGAAUUAACUUUGAACAGGAGCAGAACUCCUAUAAUAAAAGUAAAGCACAGAUCAACGGGAUUGCAGUGCGAUAUCUCGUUUACGAAUGGUCUGUCAGUGGAAAAUUCCAAGCUUAUUAGAUCUUUCAAUACCGCAUAUCCACCGUGUCAAAAAUUGACACUGUUUCUAAAGAAGUGGCUCUCGCUGGCGGGCUUGAGUGGUCCUGAUGGAAUAACAAAUUAUGCUCUUGUCUGGCUAGUCAUCUUUUACUUGCAAGUUAAAUUUAAAAUUCCGAGUAUUGCUGACUUAAUCAAAAGCCAUAAUCAAUCGAAAAUCAUCUCUGGUUGGGAAACUGGAAUUAGUGAUACUAUUCUUAUCAAUGUACCACAACCACCAAUACACGAACUGUUGCUAGGAUUUUUCGAAUAUUACGGAGGUUUCGAUUAUAUGCAUCUCGUCGUAUGUCCAUUAUUAGGCGAGACGUGCCAAAAGAAAGCUUUUGCUGAAAUGAUUUUACCUAAUUCUAUGAAACUUUACAUCGCGCAAUUGCAUAGCGAAAAAUCAGAAUAUUUUCGUAUUGAUUCACCUAUGUGUGUGCAAGAUCCGUAUGAUCUCUCACAUAAUUUAACAAAGGCUGUGUCAAUUUUAACGCUUAAACGUUUUAAACAUUAUUGCAAUGAAAGUUUAUCAGUAUUACCUAGGGUUAUUGUUGACUCAUAA